AUGAGUUCUACUGUAUCAUCAAAAAUUAUCGGUGAUAAUCGUUUACUUAAUACACGAAGAUCAAGAUUAAUCGACAAUAGACGGUUUCGUUUGGCACCAAUAUGGCCCGAAUGGAAUGAAGCAGAGAUAAAUGUUGAAUCAUGGGAUGCUGGAAAUGUAAAGAAAAAAGAUAUAGUUGUAGUUAGAGCUCGUCCUGAUUUAAAAACAAAUAUUUCAGUGUCUGCACAUGGUUUUGAAGAUCCUGAAGGUAAAGUUGAGCUUCCUCCAUCAUUCAAAGUAGAACAAUGGAAACGGCCAAUCGAGUUUUUGGUAGCCGAUAAGUCUCCAGUAAUUGUUGAUCCUGAUGUUGGCAUUCAAAAUUUGGAUUUAGUUACACCAAAUGAACAUUUACAUCAUAGUGAAACAAUGCGCAAAAUUAUUAGUGAAAUUACAGCUCUGUGGGAUAUUUGUCGAAAAGAACGAAAAAAUAUUAGUACAACAACAUAUAAUGUUCAUGAAUUUAAUAUAACUGAAAGAACAUGGCGUCCUUGGGAACAUAUAUAUGCAUUGAAUAAAGUAUCUAAACAACCGUUUAUUACUCCGUACAAUCCUUCUGGCAAAUAUAUCGUUCGACUUUUCUUUUUGGGUACUUGGCGUAAGAUUAUUAUUGAUGAUACUAUUCCAUUUGAUUCUAAAAAUCGAUGUCUUCUACCACAAACAUCAUUAUCAUAUGAACUUUGGCCAAUGCUUUUAUCAAAAGCUUUAUUAAAAAUAAUUUCUCUUGAUUUCAAUGCAUCAAAUGAUUUUCCUGAAUCUAAUGAAGCCUCAGUUAUUCAUUCACUUACUGGUUGGAUACCAGAACCUAUUCCUCUUAAAUAUACUCAUGCUGGAAAAGUAUGGGAUUUUCUUCGUUAUGAUCGUUCUAAUCAAUACGUUGGUGUAAAUGACAAUGUAAUAAAUAAAAACGUAUCAUCUUUUGGACCUAUACCAUUAUUCAAAUGGCCUGAUUCAAAAGUUCAUCUACAGGAAGAAACAAUAUCAAUGAAUGGAAAUGAUCCAUCAGAUCAUUUCGAUGAUAAAAAGCUAGAAGAUAAAAAUUUAAAAAUACGAGGAUCAUCUCUUACUCUAACUACUUCAAAAGAUCCGACAGUAAUUAAAUCGAUUAAUUACAAAGAAAAUCGAGCAGGUCCAAUAGAAGAUUCUGGAUUUUUUAUCGAUGAUCAAAUGAUUCCUGAAGCACCAAAAAUGAUUGUUUUCGCUACUAUACCUCACUUACAACCAACACGUAUUAGUUCAUAUAGUGAAACAGCUGAUAGAAGUGAACGAUUAAGACGUUAUAAUUUAAAUGAUACAUUUUCAACAUCAGUGCUACUAACGUCUAUUCGAGAUAUUCCAUUGGAACCACCGCCCCCACCGGAAUAUGUACCUCCUUGGAAACUUAUUCGACCAAAAAAACCUAUCGUAUUACCUCAUGCUGAACCUAUAAUUCCACAUGAAUCUAAACCUGAACGUUGGAUUGAAAUUACUUCACCUUAUAUAAAUUAUUCAAUAGCAAGUGCUCUUAAUAUAAAAACAACAACUCAGUCUCAUCCGAUUGAUCAUAAUAUUACAAUCGUCAAUACAUCUUCACAUUUACAUCGUACCGCGAAACAUUUAGCUGUACCUGGUCAAUCAAAUAUUAUUGAAAUAGAUGAAGAUAUUGAAAAUGAAAAACUAAAACCCGAACAAACCAUGGAAUUCGUUAGAAGUACAACAAAUAUAAGUUCAACAUCAAUAAGGAAAGAGUCACAUGUAAUUGACACUCACGACAAAUCUGAUGAUUCGGUACGUAGUACAGGAAGCAAACACAAAUACGAAAUACCAAUUGAUAAAAUUAAAACUCCUCGAAAAUCUGCUGCAAGUGGUAUAAAAAUACCAUCUGAUACUGUAUCAGCGAAAAGCAAAGGCGGUGAAAAUGAACAAAUUACAAUGCCAAUCGACGUACAAUCGACAGGAAACAAUAAUGAACAACAAAAUUAUUCAUUAAGUAAUCUAAAAUCAAUAAAAAAACCAUAUAAAACACCGAAAAUAUGGAUGGAUUUUGAUGAUUUUUGUGCUUGUUUUACUUCAAUUAUUGUUUUCCAUAAUCCUCGUGGUUAUCACUAUGCACAUAAGCACACAGAAAUAAAAUUUGCUCCAUAUCAACAACCAGUGAUUACUUCUCUAAAAGAAAAGAAAAAAGAACCUAAUCAAUCAACUGUUCAAAUACCAAAUCUACAAGAUGAUAAACCUUCAUUAUAUUUAUUUGUUGAUAGUACACGUGAAAUAUUAGAUAAAAAUAUUCAGCUAAUUAUUAGUUUAACAUGUUUGUCACGAUGGUAUGAUACUGUACUACCUGAAUUUGUUGGAUUGAAUGAAAAAAGUUUUCGUAAUACAAAUUUAUUCACUGAAAAAACUUCAAUUGAUGUUAAUCAAGCAAGAAACUCAGUAUCACAAAAAGAGAUUCUUCCACAAGCAGGUUCACUUAUAGCUGAGUUGUAUUCAUGGAAAUCACUUAGAAUGGGACAACCUAUUCUUCGUCUUCAUACAACAGCAACGAAAGCUGCUUUACUAACAUUAUCACCUGGUCGUCAUGUAUUAAAACUUACUGAUACAUGUCCAUUUGCUUGUAACGUGCAAAUAUUAUCUGAUACAAAUGAUUUUAUGCUUGCUGAUGAAGAUCAAUUAUUAAAUAAAAUUACUGUUAUGCCUGAAGAUGCUGAUUUUAUACUACGAGCUGAAGAAUUAUUUCUAGCACUAGAUGAUUCUAUACAAAAUUUUCAUUUGAUUGGUCAACAAGAAAAUAAAUUAUAUGAUCUUCUUAGUUUAUAUUGUGAAAAUGCACCAAAAUCACUUGAUCUUACUAUUCAAACAUGUUUUAAUAUAUUUAAUCAAGCAUUAUAUUCCACUUUACGAACCGUUCUUUCUGUAUCUGGAUCAGGAAUUAGUGUAGAUACACAAUUUGCUUGGCGAUGUUUUACGAAUGAUCUUGCAACACCAGAUAUUUUGUCUGCUUAUGAAACAAAACGUCCAAUUGUUAGAAGUCUCAGCCGUCAUUCAGCACGAACUGCUGGAAAUUCUUCUGCAAGUACAGGAACACCUACUACAAGUAAAAGAAGUACUGGAGGACGAGAGAAAAAUGUAGACGAUAGGUCUAGUUCAAAACAACAAUUUUCAUUGACGAAUUCACCAUCAACAUCAGAUAUACAAGAAGAAGCUUUGUCUGAUUUGUUAACACAUGAAUUAAACGAAAGUGAAAUAGCAGCUAUUACGAAUAUUCAAAAAAGUAUUCGAGGAUUUUUACAACGUCGUAUUGCACUUGCUCGUACAUCUGGUACGGAAAAAAAUUUAUUUAUUCAACAAAUAUUACAAUCAAGCAUGUCGUUACUUAAAGUUGAUCAAAAUAAAUCAGCUUUACUUCUUUUUAAAUAUUUCAUAUCAAUCAAACCAGAAUUAGCUCGAUGUUUUACAUUUGGUGAUGAUGAUUGGAAUAUGGUCACAUAUCGAGAUUAUAAUGGAAUAUAUCAAGAACAAUCAGCAAAUAAGUGGUUUGUUUUAUUUCGAGAAAUUUUUUAUAUUAAUGAAGAGUGUUUCAUCGCUGCUAAAUUUCUUUCACAUUUACCAAACACACUUUUACGUGUAAUCAAUAAUGAUACAUAUAAUGAAAUGCCAUUGGUAUUCAAUCGAUUACGACCAGGAAUCUUUACUAAAAAUAAAAAUGGUUACACAUUUUUUGCUGAAGGAAUAUCGCUUGAUCAAUCAAUACCAAGUGAUCGUUUUCGUCUUCGUUUAAUAACAUCAUAUACACAGUUACCUGAAAUGCGUACUGAUCAAAUAACAUCAUCAUUUAUUACAAAAGAUAUUACAGAUUAUUAUAUUCCAAAUAAAGACCAAAUUAUAUGCAGAUAUCACAUUAUUACUUCUGAUAAUAUUAAUCAAACUGGUCUAAAUUAUCAUUUAGCUAGUAUUCAUUUUAGUACAUCAAAGUCGGAUGUUUUAAUGCGUUUAACGGUCUUAGAUAAUAACGAAGAAAUAGUUAGUGUUGAAGGAAAAGGAUGUGUUGUUUUACCUGCAGUACUUUUUAUGCGUACAAUUACCAAUGUAGUACAACCGCCACCUGUAUCAAAGCCAAACUCAAGAACGACAGGAGGAUCACGUAAAAAAGAUUUAAACAAUACUCAUCAAGGAAAUGUUGCUGAUUUAACAACAAUAAAUAGCGCCCGAUCAGACAAAGAUAGAAUUGGGAAUGGAAUGAGAAAUUUACAUAAAUAUAUUAUUCAAGUAACACUUCUUCGUAAGUCCUGGCCAUUAACUGCAAAUCAAUUGCAAUUUGUUGAACAACUUAAAGAACAAGAAAAAAAUGAAUUAAAAGUUUUUAAUCGACAAUUAUCAGCAAAUAAAAUUGAUCGACCAAUUAGCGAAUCAACAAGUAGCAAACGAACAGGACAAACAAGUUCUACCGCAUCGACAACAAGCAGUCGAACAAAAAGUAGUACUGCUGGAAGUGGUAGAACUAGUACGCCAUCAUUAAGUCGACCGAAAUCGUUAAAAGAAAAUAUAGAAACAACGAUUGAUACAAGUAAACCUCAUUGGAUAUUACGAAUAGUAUCCGAUGCAGAUAAAGCUGAUGAAUUAACAAUUAAAAAAGACACUGAACGAAAUGAAGAAUUAAUGAAUAUAAAAAAAGCAUGGGAAACAUUACAAGUUGGUCGAGCUGAAAAAGCAAUGGAAUCGAGACAAAAAUUCCUUGAUUCUUCACAAUUAAAAGUUGACGAAGUUUCAUUAGUUGAAACAACUGAUGAUACAACAAAUGUUUCAGAAAUUCGUACUGAUGAAGAAACAACUAGUACAAUUAAUUCUUCAAUUUUAGGACAACAACAAAUUAUCAAACAAACUCCAACAACAAAGAAAAGCUUUUUAUUCAUGAAAAAAGGAUCCGUUAAAGAAGAAACUAUGAAAAAAACUGAAUUAAUUUCACCAUCUCUUUCAUCAUCACCACAAAUCGAUGAACCUCUUCUAGAUGAACCACCACCAAGCAAGCCUAAAAUUAUUUUAACACCAUUAGAUUUAAAACCUUUUCUCAAACAAAAACUGCUUUCUGAUGAGCCAAUUAUAUCUGAUUCAUUAUUUGAACAAGAAGAUUUACAACAUCGUCAAAAUAAUUUCACUGAAUAUUCGAAACAUGCUGAUGAAAUUCGUCAACUUCGUCAAGAAGAUCAAAAUAAUCGAUAUAAAGAAAAACUUCGUCAAUUAGACGAAUAUGUUAGUUUGCAAGCUAAAACUGAUCAAAUUCGUCGAACAAUUAAUGAACCACGUGAAGCAUUUCGACAACGAUUUCUUGAAAUUGAACGUAUACGUCUACAAGAAGUAGCUGCUCAAGAAAAAAAAUUAUUGGAUGAAGAAAAAGCAAGAUUAGCAGCUAUGAUUAAACCAGUUAGAAAAAAAACUUCACCUGGAAAAAAGAAAAAGAAAUAA